UCCUCUCUUCCAGUCUGGCAAACAUGACUCUAAAGAUCGUCACCCUCUUUGCCCUUAUGGUCGGCGUUCUUGCUGACUCUGUUCCCUCGUACAGUCCUCCUGCUCCAUCCUACAGCCCUCCUGUUCCUUCCUAUAACGCCCCUGCACCUGCUCCAUCGGGACCUGCACAGUACGACUUCAACUAUGCCGUGAAAGACGACUACUCCGGCAACGACUUCGGUCACCAAGAAAGCCGAAACGGAUACGACACUCAGGGUACCUACUACGUCCAGCUCCCCGACGGCCGCCUGCAGACAGUCACAUACAAUGUGAACGGCGACUCCGGCUUCUUAGCUGACGUGUCCUACCAGGGAGAGGCCCAGUACCCGGCCCAGCAGCCGUCCUACCAGCCUGCCCCCUCCCCAUCCUACCAGCCUGCUCCCUCCCCAUCCUACCAACCUGCCCCAACCCCAGCUUACGGUUAACCCUUUAAGAUGAUUACUGUUACUGUCUGUUUAUGUACGACUUUUAUAGCGCAUAUGUUUAUAUAUUUCUAAAAUAAAAUGCAAAAGAAAACGUA